UUAUUUACUUUACUGCAAUUCUCCACCAAGAAAUUAUAAUCACUAGUGUAAUGACGAUCGCUGCUUUGCAACCUCUAUGCAAAAUACCCAUUUCAUAUACUCCUUUCUUGCAAAAUCACCAUAAACAUUCAAUUUUUAAACUGGGAAAUGACUUCAAACUGUUAAAAGAUUCAACACUCAACAAGAGAGAAGGGUUUAUAUGCAGUGUGUCUUUGCUUCCAGUUGAUCCAUGGGCGCCUAGUAUCGACUCGCAAAGCAUUGCUCCACAGCUUUUUGCGUUUUCUUUGUUCCCUUACAUUGGUUUCUUGUACUUCAUUACCAAAUCCAACACUGCUCCUAAGCUCACUCUCUUUGGAUUCUACUUCUUGCUUGCGUUUGUUGGGGCUACUAUCCCGGCUGGAAUAUAUGCAAAGGUGCAUUAUGGAACUUCCUUGUCUAAUGUGGAUUGGUUACAUGGAGGUGCUGAGUCGCUUCUUACUCUCACCAAUUUAUUCAUUGUCAUGGGGUUGAUGCAAGCUCUGAGGACCAAUGCACAAGAAACCCAAUCUACGACAUCAGAUUUGCUUCCGGACAUCAAAGACGAAAAUAAGACUUCUGUCUAGAGUGGAUUUUGAGAUGGCCUAUACUUCAUGACUUGCUGUUUCGUUUUUAUUUUUCCGGUGUCUGGUCGUCAUCAUUGGUCGAAUAUUCAACUGGUUCUGUUUUUAUGCUGUCUCAUUCUCGUUUUUCUGUGGCGAGGGUAAACUCUUUGUUCUUUUCUUUUCUUUCUUCAUACUUUCCACUUGUAUCUAAUUAGGCUAUGCAAAAGUUUGUAUAAUGUCAUUCGAAAUGUUUCUGUAUAAUGCCAUGUAAAUGUAUGUCCAUUAGUGAGAAUUCUUGUGAGAUGUUUGGAUUAA